UCUCUCCACGUCCUCCUCCUCCUCGCUAUCUUUACUUCAACAUCACCACACAAUUACACCUCCAUGCUAAUGCAUCUCGCUGCUACCCAAACUCCCUCCGCCCCUGUCUACCGGCAUGGUCGGGAUCCACGCGAUGGGCUGAGGUGUCAGCGAACGAUUCACCCAACUUCUAGAACGUGGAACAAAACACCCAGACUGGUCCAUAUCCUCAUUACGUCGCUAUCGAUAGUCUGCGUAUUGGCUCCAGGAACCAUCCCGUGGUGGAACAAUUUGCAUUCCUUCGCUUUCACUAGGCAGCAGAGGCGGCUCGGCCAUGACCUUAUCAGCCUUCUGGUGUUCGGCUGUUCUUUGCCCGGUUCUCGGGACAUCGAAUUCGAGGUCGGUUACUUUCCUAAUUCUCCUAGCUCUUCCUAUAUUGCUAGCCUGAAACCGGUAUCUGGAGAAAGUCUAUACAACACACUCGACCAGUCAGAUUCGGUAUUUCACGGCGGCCCCAGUGCUAUGAGGACUUCACGCGCUGCGGUCUGGGGCCUUUUCUUCUUCGGGAACCAUAAUUGCAACGGCGACCAGCCUUUCUACUCAACACUAUGCCGCGAUGUUCUUGCUCGCUUGUGCUAACCUCAUGAUAAGUCAUUCUCAAGACCGAUGUGAGUCGACAUGCAUGUUGGGGGCUGGCGUCGAUCUUCUGUGACCAAGACUCUAUGUUCGUGUCGGCCAUACAGCUUUGCAUGAAGCUAGUUGUCACAUCCCAGG